AUGGCCGACGAUGGUGAAUUGGACACGGUGAAGCUCAUCUCAGCCGACGGCCACGAGUUCGUUGUCGAUCGCAAGGCUGCCAUGGUCUCGGGCACCAUCAAAUCCAUGUUGUCUGGCCCUGGUACGUUCACCGAGCAGGCCAUGGGUGAGAUCAACUUCCGUGAGAUCUCUACGCCCAUCCUUGAGAAGGUUAUCCAGUACUUCUACUACAAGCUGCGCUACACCAACAGCACGACCGAGAUCCCCGAGUUCCCCAUCGAGCCUGAAGUUGCCCUGGAGCUUCUCAUGGCUGCUAACUUCUUGGACACUUAA